UCAGAGCACUCGACGCUUUCCAUCUGCUCAUAACCUAAUCCGAUAAAAUCCCAAGUUUCGAAUUGAAUUUGCGAAAUAAUUGAAUUCCAUUCGUCUGACGUGCAGAGUGCAUUUGCGUCAUCUGGACACUUGGUGCAGCUCCGUUUUCCCUUCCUCUCCACCCACACACGAGAGGAACGCAUGUGCACUCGCGUUGAGUGCAGACGGUGCAGGGGAGUGUAAUAGUGGGCAGGCAGACGGAUUUAUGGCAGUGUGUGUGGUUGACACGACGGAAAUGUAUCGUGGAGGCAGCGCUGCGUGACCUGCGUUCAUUCCGACUCGCUCACUCCGAUUUCACAACUAGCCGUGCCUCCGCCGAUCGUUCGUUUCGCCGAGUAGGUGCAAGUAGGCGGUGAUCAUCCACGGCGGUGCUGGCCGGUGCGAGGCAGCGGGACAAAGAGAGACCCGACGGCGACGUGGGAGCGAGCGAUCGUCAGCGACAUGCGGCCGCGACGUCCCUAAAAUUCACGUGAACAGCGAUACGAUAGUGUCAUGUAGUACGAUGACGUAUCGACGUCGAGAUCAUACGAAGUACUUAUUUUUUUUUAGCUGUUAACAUGGGAUCUAGAUUGAGGGAGAAUGUUAAACAACUCUUCGAGUGCUUCUGUGAGGUAGCUGCACCGGUAGGGGAGAAGCCAGCCUGGAUACUUCAAAAAUAUCCCAAUUCUUUCUCGGAUGAAGAGAUACUUAAGUCGGUUCCUAAGUUCGCAUAUCCGUGUGAAUUUGAAAAUCUGUUGGUGCAACAUUUUUCAUUUGUGCUCACUAGUAUAGACUCAAAAUGGACCUUUGGAUUCUGCCGCCACGAUCCCAAAACCGAAACAGCUUUGGUAGUCUUGAGCGCACUUCCGUGGCACGAAACAUUUUACAAGCUACUAAAUCACAUUGCAUCCCUGACCAGCAAUGCCAGCGGAGAGGAUCUAUGGAAGUUUCUUGAAAAUAUUUACACCUGUGGAGUUCCCAUUCCCGGAAACUCCAUAUCUAUUCCGUUACCAAAUUCUACAGUGAAUUUUAUCUGUCAAAGCCCAAAACAGUUUCAACUGCCUAGUAUACCAGAAAAUAGAAACUUGACUGAAUAUUAUAGCGCGAUUGAUUCGCACAACAUGAUGAUGAUAUUCGCAUCUAUGCUGUACGAGCGUCGUAUCAUUUUCACGUCGAAACGCCUGUCGAGACUAAGUGCGUGCGUGCAAGCGUGCAACGCGUUAAUUUAUCCGAUGAUCUGGCAGCACAUAUACAUCCCUGUUCUGCCUUUGUCGUUAAUAGAUUAUUUAUUAGCACCUAUGCCGUUUCUUAUCGGCGUGCCUACACCGACGCUCCAGAAAGUGCUCAAGAGCGAUUUGGGAGAAGUGGUUAUCUUAGAUGCCGAUAACAACACCAUCGAGUCACCGUUUCAAGAUCUGGAGUCCCUGCCGCAGGACGUAGUGACAAAUCUGAAGAAAGCGUUGCGCAACAGACCCGCCCUCCUCGGCGACGGCGUGUCGAGGGCGUUCCUGCGCGCGUUAGUACAGCUAACCGCCGGCUACAGGGAAGCGCUGACGUUGCAGCAGGGUGAGCGCAUCACGUUUAAUCAAAAUGCUUUCGUCGAGAGCAGGCCGUCCUCCAUGCAGCCCUUCCUGCGAAAGAUGUUGGAGUUACAAAUAUUUCAGCAAUUCAUAGAGGAAAGAUUGAACAUGCUCAAUUCGGGGCUCGGUUUCUCGGACGAGUUCGAAAUGGAAGCCUGCAGUUACUCGACCAAAUCUAGCAGCAAAUUUAUGCAGCAGUACAGAGAGUGGACUUAUACCAUGCGAAAGGAGAGCUCUGCAUUUUUCCGUAGCGUAAAGGAUAAGGCAAAUCCGGCGGUAAAGUACGCCGUUAAAUCAGUGAAAGACAAGGGAAAAGAUAUGAAAACGGCAUACAAAGGACUGAAAUGGAAAGGACGGUCUAACAGAAGCGAAACCACCAUGAGAUUCCACCAGCCUCGUUCGGCUCCCAGCUCACCCACGGUAGAUAGAAAACCUAUCGAUUUCACGUCCCCGCCGAAAUCUCCGAACGGAAUAACAGCGACUACCAGUUACCGGAAGGAAUUGCGUCUGCGGAACAGCAAUUUCACUGACACCAGUAGGAAACAGUACUCACCUCUGAGUCCCAGUUCUCCCGAGGAUUCGGAUUCUCCACCGGAACGCAUAAAUAUGGAUCUUAUGCGUGAGCUUCAGGAUGUGAUAUUCCCAAACACCCCGCCCGUAGACAGAACGUUGAAACCAGUACGCAGUUUAGACAGCUUGAGACCUGCAUGGAGUGGGCACUUAAGGCACGGCCCUCCACCUAGUACUGUCAUUACAAAUCCAUCCGAAGUUCCCUCGAAAAAGCCAAUUUCAUUCUCUUCCUCCUCCUCCUCUCGUUCUCUUCUCCCGGAUAACUCGGUAGAUGGUUCGAAAGGGUUUGCGCUUAACUCAUUAGCUGCAAAGUCAAACAAAACUGUCAGAGAAAUAGAUAAAACGUCGCUCUUACCUACACCGCCCGCAUCACACAAUCGAAGCACCGAAUCGAAUCGUUUUUUACACGAGGUACACAAUGAUUUAAUUAAGCCUCUUGUCAACGUCUUGUCCUCGUGUGAUCCCGGAAAAGAGAAUACCAAGUCCGAGAAAGGGUUUUCUUUAAACAAUAAGGAAUUUAAUUCCACAGACAUUUUCGUUAACACUGAUUCAAUUCCGAGUGUGUGGGAUAGCGAGCCUUUCGACAGACCUUCCAAAACGUCGAAUUUCCUUCAUGAAGUGAACGAAGACGAUCCUUUUGACACGAGUAAAGUAUUCACGCCUACCUUUUUGCAUACUGCACCACUCUUUAAGUCCACAGUACCCUCGAUGCCUGCUCAAUUUCACCCAUUACCACAUCCAUUCAAUACUACAUCCUGCUCUGCACAUGCUAAGGAUUCUCCCGAAGUUCCAGAUCUAAUACGUUUAGAUUCCACGAAUAGCAGCGACGAUUUCGAUCCGCUUCUAUCUAAAUCUUCCGAAUUUCCAAGCACAAAGCAAAUGAGUCAAUCGUUACAUUUACCCGAGAUGGGUGAAGGCCUUAGUAAUCCUUUAUAUCCUUAUUUUCAACAACCAUUGCAUAAAAGCAAUGACAAGCCAAAAACAAACACCUCCGAUAGCGUGGGCGACAUGGAUUUAUUACAAGCGUACGGUAUAGACUUUAAUAAAUUUAGCUUAGCUAACGGUGAAUCUUCUACGAAAGAUACUGCUACUUGUAAUCGAAGUGUACCACCAGACAACAGUAUUAGUAAUAUUGAUACGAGGGACGCAUUCAGUUUAACACUGAAUGCACCUGCCAUUAAAUCACAGAAUAAUUGGACGAAAUUUGAAUAAAAUAUUAGUCUAAUUUUUUUAUUAGUAUAUUAUAUAUAAUUGUAAAUAUAACGUUAGAGUGCCGUUUUGUUAUGCAUUUAGAUAUAUGUUUACCAUCGAAUAUCCGCAUUAACAAUCUCUUGGUUGGCCGUUUUGAGAACCGGCAACAAUCAUCCGCCAAAAUACUACUUCGCGCCGAAUGGCAGAGUAUACUUUCAUAUUCCCUCUGUAUAUGUUUUUGUAUGAAAAGCUAAUAUUUGCUACGUACGUCUUGUCGAUGUAUACGAUUUUCUGCGAUUUUCUAUUGUUAUCGAACAGUACUUUUGUCAUAUUAUUAUGUGCACUGUCAGGCAGAUUAUGCAUGUGAAAAUGUCCUUUUAAUAUUGCGUAAUAUAUGUAUCUAGGAACGGAAAUGGCGUGGAAUGGAAGGAUUUGAGGAACGAAAAGUUUGCAACAAAAGACUUAAAUAUUAAUGAUAGCUGGUAUGCAUGUAAUUGAUGAUAUAUUAAUUCGCAAAAGUAUUGUAAUUAACAGGAUUGUACUUGCGUAAUACUGUUACAGUCUCUUACAAAUUCUAAGAUACAUUAAUUGUUACAACUUUACGUUACAUUACGUUUUUUUUUAUCUUUGCCUAAAUUUUCACUGAAUACUCAGUUAUGUAAGUACCGUAUCUUAUGAGCCUUCCUAGGUAUUGGAUUUCUCCAUUUUAUCCAAAGCUAAACUAAGAACACAAUUGCAGAGAGCGAAGAAAAGUAAGUGAAAAAUGAACGAACCGUAUAAUUUUAUGGUUUUUUAGAUCAUUGUUACAUACUCAUCAUAUCAAUUUAAAACCAUUGUUGCGUAUUUAUUAGCAAUGCUUUUUAAUAAAGUGGUGCGAUCAAGAC